AUGUGGGACGCCAUCCUCCUGCUGUGCAUCCUUCUAACAACCCUCCUUGGCAUCCUCAUCUAUAUUGAUUACACAAACAAACUUGCCAGACGGUCAGCACAAGCUCGCCACACCAUUCUCAAGAACCUUGGCAUCCCCAUCACAUCAAACCCCAAAUUCAUCGGUUUCUUUCAUCCAUACUGCAAUGCAGGUGGAGGAGGGGAACGUGUACUCUGGACUGCUAUAGCCGCCACCCAACGUGCACAUCCUAACUGCAUCUCACUAGUUUAUACUGGAGAUGUCGACGCGACCAAAGAACAAAUAAUAGCCCAAGUUCAAUCACGCUUUGAUAUCUCUCUUGACCCCAAGUCCUUGCAUUUUGUUUUCCUGAAGAAGAGACGUCUAGUGGAGGAUGCCGCCUGGCCACGGUUUACACUUCUUGGCCAGAGCCUUGGGUCCAUGAUCCUUGCUUGGGAAGCCUUAGCCCAGGUCAUCCCAGACCUAUACAUUGAUAGUAUGGGCUACGCUUUCACAUUUCAUGUCGUUGCGUGGAUCACUAAGGGUUCCAUACCUAUGGGUGCAUAUGUACAUUACCCGACCAUUAGUACAGACAUGCUGGCCCGCGUGAAGGCUAGGAAAGUAGGCCACACCAACCGUGGAGAUGUCGCAGGCUCGGUGGUCUUGAGCCGCGGGAAGAUAUGGUAUUACCGUUUUCUAAUGUAUCACUACUCCCUGGCACUCUCCCGCCCUUCCUUUCUUAUGGCCAACUCCAGCUGGACAAAGAAUCAUGUCGAUGCAAUACUCUCGCACUCUGACACCGUCAUGAACGUCCUGCACUACAUUUCGCCAUUUGCUAUCCUUCGUUUCUUUACCGCUGCAUUCAAGGAGCCGAGCAAUCCACGAGAAGCCAAGAUCGUCUAUCCACCAUGCGAUACCCGUGAGAUGGCACAAUUCCCUUUGGACGCGAGGGAAAGAAUUAUACUGAGUAUCGCACAAUUCAGGCCAGAAAAAGAUCACUCUACACAACUGCGCGCCUUUGCGCAGCUGUUGGCUGAUCACCCAAACUACACUUCUGGUCCCUCUUCUGUGAAGCUUUUCCUAUUGGGUGGCGCACGUAACGCCAACGAUCACGCACGCGUGCAAUCCCUUAGGGAUCUCGCAGGGGAACUCAAUAUUAACCCUCACGUCCAGUUCAUCAUCAAUGCAAGCUACUCCGAGAUGUUGGGCUGGCUUGCAAUGGCUAGCAUAGGGCUCAGCACGAUGGUUGACGAACAUUUCGGGAUAAACGUCGUUGAAUUUAUGGCCGCAGGCGUGAUUCCUGUGACGCACGCUUCCGGUGGUCCACUUCACGAUAUCGUUGUACCUUUAGACGGUGAAGCAACGGGAUUCCAUGCACGAGAUCCACAGAGCUUUGCGGAGGCUAUGCACACCGUGUUGAGCAUGAGUAAGUCGGAAGAGCGGGCGAUGAGAAAGCGGGCGCGUACAUGGGCUGUAAGUGCAUUUGCUGAGGAGCGCUUCGUGGAGGGUUGGGAGGCUGCUUGGGAAGGGUGGGUUUGA